AUGCCCUCCAUUCCCCCAUCUCCCCUGAGAUUGUCUCACCGCCAUACUCUAAGUCAGGCAUCGAGCGUUGACUUCGACCCCAUCUCUCCAGGCACUCAUGCUCCAAACUAUUUCUCUCACAGUCCUACCCGGUCGCCUCGGUCUCCUCGCUCGUCCGCCCCUCCUUCUCCGGGAGUACCCCGCCAGCAUCAUCCCCAUAGUGUAAACGGGUCCAGCCGGAUGUCGGUCGACUUUGGAGGUACGGCAGACAUGGGAGGGGGAUUGGGGAACCUAGCAGAUGAACUCGCAGACGCCUGGGAAGACGAAGAAGGCGGUUACGGAUACGCCUCGGGACAGGAUAUGGAGAAUGUCCCGGUGAAUCCACACCGUCAAGAUCGCAGCGACUCCGAGGAUGAGUACCACACGGGCACCAGGACUCCCUCGUCAAGCUAUUCUUCCGGACAGGCUUCUUUGCAACCUCCGAAGCCCAAGCUACGGAACGGCACUCAUCGACACCGACGAUACGAGUCUCACUAUGACGGGUCCGACUACGGGAAUGAAUCGGAUCUGGAGGAAGCGGAUAUAUCGCCCAGUCUGGAGAGUCAGAUGGCGGAGAUCGAGAGCUUGGCUCGACGCGGUAUUGAGAACAACGGGAGCGAGAAUGACCAUGUUAUCCAACGUGCGGUCGAAGCGUUGCGAGAUCUGGGUGGCCAAAGUGGUAUUGAAAAUAAUGCAAUGAGGUUGAUCACGGCACACUCAUCCAUCACAUCACACCUGACACACCAGACUCGAGCUCUUCAAACCCUCACUCAUCCCCUUCUUUUCUCUUCCUACCCGAUCCUUUCUCCGGAUGCCAUAGAUUCUCUUGUUCCACUCAUCGAUGAAGAUCUCUUGCCCAACCUUCCCUAUCCAUUCCCUGGCCAGUCUCGCCAAGCUUCAAGUCCCGACACUUCACAACCUCACUCCCUCGACCCUCUUGCAUCCCUCCAGACACUUAUCUCCCAAACAGCCGAUAUUACGCUCUCUUUACGCGGACUGAACGACACGCUGUACGAAUCGCGCCAGCUAACAUCCACCGCCUCCCGACGACUCCGAUCCGCACGAGAACUAGUCGCCGAACUACGUCGUGAGGAGGAAUGCCGCGAGGAGGGCACCCGGUGGAUCGAAAAAGGCAACUGGGAUCGCCGAUUAAAGGACCGGGAAGCCGGCCGUGAGUGCGGCGACGUCGUCAGCGGAUUCGAGGCUGUCUGCGGCGAGUGGAAAGAAAGACUCUUUGGCACCGCCGGCGCCGAAGUAGCCGCUGCUUGA